AUGAGCAAGUACGAAAAACGAGGUGUCCCCAAGACAUCGACCGGCCGUGGUGCAGGAAUACGGGUAAACUGCUCUACCAGGCGCAAAUUCUUCGUCAAGGAUAGGACCAAAGAUUAUCGAGUCUCUCCGACACCUGAUGGUGCGGAUUUGAAGAAAACGAGCGCCAAUUUUCUAGUGACUUUCGCGACAGGAAAGCCUCAAGCAUUUCAGAAAGGGCCGUUUCACGUACCCGCCAGCUAG